GGAAAGUCGACAACGACGACGGCGAUGAACUCUUAUGGGUCCAGCUCAUCCCUCGCUAGCGACAAACCCGACAAGCCUCUCGUCGUGAAAUGCGCCCUCAAUAACAGGAACAAGAAGGUCACUUUCGAGUCCGCCAGGAAUUGUACAUAUGACAUCCUCAGGCAACGAGCUGAGCAGGCUUUCAUGCUCGCCGCAAGACCGUUCGUUUUCAAGUGGAAGGACGAUGACGAUGAGGAGACGCAGAUCACAAACGAUGCUGAUCUCGCAGAGGCCAUCGGUUACUUCCACCAGGGUGCGGACGAGGCCCCAACGUCAUCUUCGUCGUCCAUACUCUCCGGUCGAAGCUUUCUCAGCAGAAAGAUAACGGUCAAACUCCAAAUCGAUGUUGAAUAUGACGGGCCGUCUCUGUCAGACUCUUCGUCUCUCGCUAGUGCUGAAGAGUAUCAGCUCCCGGGUGGCAGCGAGUUCUCCUUCUCCUUGGGUGCCCGGACAGACGAACCUCCGGAUGACGAUGCUGUAACGGUUAGCUCCCGAGAUACAGGAAGUCGUGGGGGAUCCAGGAGGCCGAAAGAGACGUUGUUUAGGAAGAUAUUUGACAGUCGUUCCCGCUCACCUGCCGAUCGCCACCGUGGGACGCCACCGCCAUCUACCUCGAACGGUUCACGAUACCUUGGCGUUCCUGCCUCAGAUGCCCAUUCAGCUCAUCCCAGCGGCUCAUCCUCAUAUAAAUUCAACCCACCCCCACGCUCUGACUCCCUCACGAGCGGUACCCCCGCCGCAGCCUACCGUGGAGGCGAAACAAACCCGUCCUCGUCCGCAGUCUUCGAGCGUCUCAAGCUUCAGAGCAACACACAAUCUCCUUCUCCCUAUGGCAGUACACCCCUCCAGGACGAGCGCGGCGCCGCCUGGCUACAAGACCAAUCCAUGCGUGUCAUCAAAGCCACACUCGGGACUCUUCCUUCUCCAUCCUCCGAAGCAGACACUUUCUCUCUCAACACCGAUCACACCAUUCGUUCUGGCUCCGACCCAGACCCGGAAGCGAUGGAUGGCGAUCUUUCGCUCGAAGUCGACCAUCGCGGCAAGUACUAUUAUGCAUACAAGUCUGGCUCUGGUAUGUCCGAGGCUUCGAGGGACUCGGACGAUCCAUUCCGCGACCAGGACGGCGAUGGAGACGCAGGCUACGAAGCCGGUCCCAGCAUGGCAGGUGGGACACCGAUUGAUGGGGUCCAUAAGGAUAGGCCAUUUUCGCUCACCACUCUCGACUCGUCUGCACAGACGGAUUAUCCACCUUCAUCAGAGACACCAUCCUAUCGACGCUCACAUCCGUUCUCGUUCAACUCGGACCAGCCGCAGCCACCUCCAUUCGCCCAUCAAUCACAUACUACUGAUGGAUUCAGCAUUCCGCCGGAGUUGCUUGUUCCAGAAGAGGUCACAGACUGUUCAGAAUGUGGCGAGAUCCUCGACACAAUGCGAUAUGUCUGCACGACUUGCGGAGAGAAGAAAGCUUGGGGGCGCGCAGAGCUCAAGGCGUUUGCUGCCGUUGGAAAGGGCAAAGGCAGAGACAUAUUUGGCGGUGGGUCCGAGAGCGGGAGCAGUAUGACCUAUCCACCCCCAAACUAUGGCCACGCUUCGUCCUCCUCCAUAUCAACUCUACAAGGCUUCGACACAGACUCCUCUUCAGGGUCGGGUUUCAAAUCGAGACAACUUCCUCAGAUUCCGAACCGUCCCCCACAUCUGAAACUUCAUCCCUCUAGCUCACCUUCCACUACCGCUGUUGGGUCUAACUCCGGUAUUUCAGCCGCAGCAUCUAAUUCAACCCUUAAUCUCUCACACACGCACGGACAUCGCUCACAGUCCUCUGGCUCAUCAUUCGGCACACGCGUAGAAGGCUAUGAACUCUGCGCAACAUGCAUUCAGUCAUCAGGAGUCAAUCAUUCGUUCAGUGCUACUCAGGCUGACGCUAACGGGUUUUUGACGUCGGGUUCAGGGUCAUUUGGUGGGUUUAGUGGCGAUGGGAGUGGGAGUUAUAGUCCGAACUCGCCCCUGGAGCAACAAGAAUUGAGUGUGUUGCGGAGGAGUGCGCCGAAGCAGAAGGGAGCGUUGAGACAUGCAUAUCUGGAGAAGAUGUGGGGCUUCAGCGGGUGGGAGGACGUCGUGCAAGACGAUGGGCAGACAAGCAAGUGUUCGGGUUGUCAGUCUAUGAUAUUCAGCAAUCGGUACAAGUGUGCAUCUUGCGAGAACUUCACACUUUGUCGAGCAUGCUACAACGAUGUGCACAACAUUCACCCCGUCCACGCUUUCCUCGCCAUGCCAGACAAACCUGCCAGAUCAAGGAGUGUCCCAGAUCUGAUGAGCCAAGGCUCGAACGGGGAUGCAUCUGCAUUCUUCGAUGCUGCGGAUGAACCUUCGCUGAAGCAUCCCGGGGUCAAAUGCUUCCACUGCAUGCAAGACGUCGUCGGGGCUCGAUUCAGAUGUAUUGACUGUACCACCAUGGACGUUGACAUUUGUGCCAACUGUGAGGCGGCUGGACUGCCAGGGAACCUUGACUCGUCAGAUGGAGGACAUAACUCGUCGCAUGUCAUGCUCAAGAUUCCCACCCCGCUCAACACAACCGAAGUCAUGUCAGUCUCACGUCGCGCGUAUCGCCUUCACCAUGCCCGAGGACAGGUCGCCACACCAAGUUCCGCCGGCCUCACACGCUCCAGUCCGGGCAGCGCGUCGUCUGUAUUCGGUAAGACGGUGAUGAAUGGGGACAUGGGCAUGGGAGCCGACGACGAUGACGAAGAUCAUCUCAUGCUUUGUGACUCAUGCGGACAGAGUAUUGUCGGGGUUAGGUAUCAGUGUCUCUCGUGCCCUGGAAAGCCGAUCUCGUAUAAUCUGUGCUCUUCAUGCGAAGAAAGCUCCUACCACGUCCACGACGCCUUCCAUAUCUUCAUCAAGCUUCCACGCCCUGUUGACGAGCUUGGACCGCUGCAGUCGUCUUUGCCUAUCCUGCCGAAGUUGUAUAAGGAGCCUGCGGGGCCUCCCGGCGGCCUUUCGUCCAGCUCGCGCAAUCCUUCUGCCUACCUCCGCGACCUGCGUCACAAAUCCGCACUCUGCGAUCGUCACAUGGAGCCCAUCGUUGGUAAAUGGUACCGUUGCGUGUACUGCGCGAAGGAUCUCUGUGGGGAUUGCGAGUCGAUCGACGAACACGAUAUGACGCAUUGUUUCAUGGUGUUCAAGGCCCCGGUGGACAUCGGGCUCUUUAAACAUUACGCGGAUUUGGAGAAUCCGGCAGGGAGCCCGCCUGUGCUGAACGGACCUGUGUACUACCCGAGAGAUUGAUCAUGAACAGACCAUUACUUUGAAAGCACAUGCCUAUUCUGAAUGAUCAUCGAUGGAAGUCUCAUGCACUGUAUUACUUCUGCGUUUCUUUACUGCUGUUGCUAUCGGACGGUUCGUCCUUAUGUCUAUCUAGCUAUAUCUAUAUACUUGCUCUGCUGUUGUAUGUCUUACGAGUCGGUGAUCAUAAACAGAUGAUUUCACGAUACGUUGC